CCCACCUCCCUCUCCCUCCUGAGUGCAACAGGAUCGUAGUUUUCCACAUUCUUUCCACUGCUUCCAUGAUGGCUGUUCAUCUCGCAGUGAGCUCUGCAAGAAGAAAUGGAUUUGUUUUCCUCAGGUCCAGCACAGGAGCUAUGGACAUCAGAAGGCGGCCAGUGGGUAAUGCAAGUGCUGCCGUUACUGAUCAGGACACCCAGAGGAAACUCAAGACUGCAUCUGAUCUCCCAGAGAUCACAACCUUUAGAAUGUUAUGCAGACUGUUCUUUAAAGGGUAUCUCAAUCGCAUGCAUGAGCUGCAGUUAUACGAGAAACAGCUUUAUGGUCCCAUGUACAAUGUGAACGCUGGAAACUUCAAGGCUAUUUCAAUAAACAGCGUUGAUUUACUGGAGGAACUGCUCAGAAAAGAUGAAAAGUUUCCCUCUAGAGGAGACAUGACUCUGUGGACAGAAUACCGUGACAAGAGAGGCAUCGGCUACGGCCCCUUUACAGAAGAAGGAGAAAAAUGGUACAAGCUGCGCGCUGUGCUGAACAAACGUAUGCUUCAUCCAAAAGAAUCGGUUCAGUAUGGGGAUGUGAUUAAUGAGGUGGUCACAGAUUUCAUCAAAAGGAUUUACCAUCUGCGUGAGGUCAGCCCCUCUGGUGAUUUGGUCUCUGAUCUGACCAAUGAACUUUACCGCUUUUCUCUCGAAGGCAUAUCAUCUAUUCUGUUUGAGACACGCAUUGGUUGCCUGGAGAAAGAGAUCCCUGCCGAGACACAAGAUUUUAUUGACUCCAUUGCACAAAUGUUCACCUACAGCAUGCCUGUAGUAAUGCUGCCAAACUGGACUCGUGAUUACUUACCAUUUUGGCGACGGUACCUCAAUGGCUGGGAAGGCAUAUUUAAAUUUGCUGCUAAACUGAUUGACAUGAAGAUGGAGGAUAUUCAAAAGCGUGUGGAUGCUAAUCAGGAGGUUGCUGGGGAGUACCUCACCUACCUGCUUUCUAAUGUCAAGAUGUCCAAUAAAGACGUUUAUGGAAGCAUUGCUGAACUGCUGUUGGCUGGAGUGGACACAACCUCCAACACUAUGUUGUGGACCUUGAAUCUGCUAUCGAGAGACCCACAAGCUCAAGCUACUCUGUAUGAGGAGGUAAACCGCAUCGUACAGGGUGACAGAGUCCCGACUGCGCAGGAAGUCAACAGCAUGCCUUACCUAAAAGCUGUCAUUAAAGAAGCACUAAGAAUGUAUCCUGUGGUCACCAUGAAUUCUCGUAUCAUGGCAGAAAAUGAUGUGGUCAUUGGUGGACACUUUUUCAAUAAAAGGACAACAUUCACAAUUUGCCACUAUGCGAUAAGCAAUGAUGAGAAGGUGUUUCCAGAACCAAGAAAGUUCAAACCCGAACGUUGGCUCCGAGAUGGCCGAGCCAGGCCCAACCCAUUUGGGUCGAUCCCAUUUGGAUUUGGAGUCAGAGGUUGUGUUGGUCGUCGCAUUGCUGAACUGGAAAUGUAUCUGGCUUUGGCCAGGAUAAUCAAGUUAUUUGAAAUCAGACCAGACCCAACAAUAGGUGAGGUUCAAGCAAUCAAUCGCACAGUGCUUGUGGCAGAUAGACAGGUCAACUUUCACUUUGUGGAGAGAUAAAACACACCAUCUCGGUCUUAGCUGAAGAAGACAGCUUAAGGGAUAGUUCACAGAAAAAAAAUUAUAAAUUCUGUCAUUAUUUACGCACAUUCUUGUUGUUCUAAACCUUUAUUCUGUUAUAUACAAAAGAAGAUAUUUUGAUAAAUAAUGAUAAGCACACAUUUGUGAUUAAAAAAGCAUAGAUUUGAAAAACUGUCUCAACUAAAUGUUUAGUUUGCACUAUACAUCUAAUAUUUCAAAUAUAAAGGUUUUUAUAUUUUGUAUUAUUAUAAUUAAAAUGUAUUUAUAUAUUUAUAAUAUGAAUUAUAUGAAAUAUAUUCUGUGUGAUGUUUCAUUGAUGUUUUACAAUUAUUUUACCAUGUCUAUUUUACAUUGUACAGUUGUCAUACAUUUUUAAGAAUUUUUUGUAAUGCUUUUCAGUACACUAAGCAUAUAGAUGAUGAAGAUCUGCCUGUGACAGAUAUGGAGAAUGACAAUAUAGGAGCACAGUCCAGUAUGUCAUUAAAUAGAUACCUUUAAAUGUAAUAUAUACAAAUAUAUUCCUUUUCUUUUUUGGGUGUGACACUGUUCCCUUUAAGGCCAUGGCUUUUUAGCAGUUGAAAAAGGCCACUAUACAGGUCUAAACAUAAUAUGUUUAUAUUGAGGGUCAAAAAGACAUUUUAGGAAAUAAAAAAGAUACCAUGAAAAAACUUAAAA